CGACGUCGGCAUCACGAUCGUCAACGAGGUGGGACUGGACCCUGGGAUCGACCACUUGCUCGCGAUGGAGUGCAUCGAGUCGGUCAAGGAGCAGGGCAGUACGGUGAAGUCGUUCAUCUCGUACUGCGGCGGUCUGCCUGCGCCAGAGAACUCCGAGAAUCCGCUCCGAUACAAGUUCAGCUGGAGUCCACUGGGCGUGUUCAGGAAUGCUCACAGCGGAGCGAGAUACCUGCUCAACGGAAAGGUCGUCGACGUGCCAGUAGGGGGCGCUGUGCUGGACGCGCGGCAGAACAUCGACUUCCUGCCCGGAUUCAACCUGGAGGCGAUUCCGAACCGCGACUCGACCAAGUACGCGUCGCCAUACGGAAUCGAGAGCGCGCACACGAUCAUCCGCGGCACCCUGCGCUACAGGGGCUACUGCGAAGCCCUCAAGGGUCUUCUCAAGGUCGGCCUCAUCAACGACGUACCGCAUCCGAACCUGCAUCCGAUGGGACCGGAGAUCACGUGGAAAGAGUUCAUGUGCACGCUGCUUGACCAGCCACUGGACAUGAUGUUGGACAUGCUCAAGGACGCCGUGUUCGACAACGUCAAGCAGGACAACAUCCACUACCACACGAUCGCCAACCUGGGACUGCUGUCGGACGAUGUGAUCGAGAAGAAGAACACGCCGCUGGCGACCGUCUCGCACUACAUGGCCAAGCGACUCGCUUACGGUGCUAACGAGCGAGACAUCAUCGUUCUGCGGCACAACAUCGCGGUGGAGCGGGCCGACAAGGAGACGGAGGUGCGCCACAUCAACCUGGUCGUCUACGGCGACCCGCGCGGUUACUCCGCCAUGGCCAAGUGCGUCGGCUAUCCGACCGCCAUCGCCUCCAAGAUGCUGCUGGAAGACGAGAUCCAACAUAAGGGCAUAGUGAUCCCUCUGAUGCCGGAGAUCUACCGGACGAUGCUGAAGCGGCUGGCGUACGAGGGAAUCGUCGCCACGGAAACGGUGUCCUACCCGGAGUACUCCCCGCUACACCACGGAACACCAAACAACAUGUCCGCCCACUCCAACCUGUUCUACCAAUCCGCGGCGUGAUCUCUCCCGCGCCACCGCCGCGUAUCGCUGCAGCGUCAAGAACAGAGGCUCCACCUGGAGGCGGCCGACCGCGGCUCGCGCUCCGUCUCCUCUCCCUUCGAUCGUCUCCGCGCCGUGGCGCCAUCUGUAUCCCGUAGCGACAACCGCUUUGCGACGAGUCUUCCGUGUGAAAUCUCGACGACUCUUUCGAGCGCGACUCUCUUGUCUUCGGACGAACUUUCCUCGUCUCUUCUGCACGCCGUCUCGCAAAUUUUUCGGUGGCGAAUCUUCCUUGUGCUUGUCGUCCGUGUCUGAAGACGGCCAUUCCUCGUGCGUUCGGGUUGUGGGUUCGUCUCUAUCUGCAUGCAUGUGCAACGAAGGUUGUUGUUCAUAUUCAGAUCAUACUCUCUAGAUCUGUACCGUAAUUCGGGGGCCCGUUGUCGGAAGUAGGAAUUAACAUUACUUUUAACGUUGAACUAUUUUUUUUGAUAGACUGCUGAUUGAAACGGGAGUGAAUGAAAACGAAUUUGUUUUCAUUGACCUCUGAUAGAAAUGCGGUAAAGUUACCAGUUUCUCACAUAGCAGUACGUUGAAGUCCGGUCUGCGAGAGAGGAUGUCAAUGUUACGACUAACGUUAACGCUAGUUUUGUUUCCGACAAUGGGCCGCUGUGCUUUGUGCAUGCCUCUUGCUGUGGGCUACUAACCGACGUUCUCCCAGAGCCUGGAUGCGAGUGUCUGUCCGUUGUGUGUGUGUCGAUUGGUAGUAGGUCAUUGCCGCUGCGAGGUCACGAUAAGGUCAUUGGGAGUGUCGGGGCGAUGGGCCCGGGAGAGGCCCGUGUAGCAUAUUAUGUACAUACAGGUGUAUCGAAGCCCGGCCGUUAACCUUCAUUCGUCUGCUAAUAAUCAUUCAAAUAAUGGUCUGUAUACUAAAUAAUAUUGGUGUAGUGUUUCUUUACUUAACAAUAUAUACUGGUAUGUAUACACACAUGUAUUAUAUAUGUGUGUGUGUAUAGAGGGAAAUAUAAUAUCAUGCUGUGUGGUGUGAU